AGAGAGAGAGAGAGAGAGAGACUCCCAUCUCCCUCCUCACUCGGUGCUCGAGCUCUGCUGCUGCCCUGCUUCACCAUCUCUACAGGGAAGAGGAGCGAGGAGAGAGGAGCGAGGAGAGCGCACCACGGCUGGAAGACAUACCUUCACAUCCACUCUCUCUCCCACAUUCCUGAUCCUUUUUUUUUUUUUUUUUUUGUGCUUUCUGCUCCCUCUCCCUUCCUCUUUGUCCCCCUCUCUGUGCUGGAGCUGAGGAAAAAAAGGGAGAAAGAAGGGAGAAGGGGAGGAAGGAGGAGAGAUGAUCCACAGCGGAGCGGAGCGCAGCGCCUUUCGCCUCGCUGACUGACUGACUGGCUGACUGACCGGCUGCCCGGCUGACUGACUGGCUGACCGUCCUGCUGCUGCUGCGCGUCUUGUUGCUCCGCUUCCUUCUCCGCAUCGCGCCUCCUCUGCGAUGGGAAGCACUGAUCCGCACGCCAGCAGCUUCUUCGCACCUGGGCUUUUCUAGAAAGGAUGUGCUCAUCAAGCAUGUGGGAGAAAUAGCCAUAGCGUCCGGGAGUGUAAGGCCAAAUGACAUAGGAUGAAGGCUAUUCGUAAUCUGUUGAUUUAUAUAUUUUCCACCUAUCUCCUGGUUAUGUUUGGAUAUACCGGUGCCCAAGAUUUCUGGUGUUCCACGCUGGUCAAGGGAGUUAUUUACGGAUCUUACUCUGUGAAUGAGAUGUUUCCCAAGAACUUCACAAACUGCACUUGGACGUUGGAGAACCCAGACCCGACCAAAUACAGCAUCUACCUGAAACUGUACAAGCGCGACCUAAGCUGCUCCCAGUUCUCGCUCUUGGUUUACCAGUUCGAUCACUUCUCCCACGAGAAGAUCAAUGAGCUGCUCAAGAACAACGAGUCCAUCGUGUACCUGUGCGAGGCCCCCAACGUCUACGUGUUCCUACACUACGACAAAAACUUCGUCCAGCUCCGACGGGUGUUCCCCUACGAAGACAACGGAUUGGUCGCCAAGAAGGCCGCUGAGGAGGAGGAGAAGUCCGUGGUGGAGUUUGUGGUGCUGAACAAGGCGAGCCCGAGUCAGUUUGGAUGUCAGGUGCUAUGUACGUGGCUGGAGAACUGCCUGAAGGGAGAGAAAGGGACGGUGGAAUCGUGUGGAGUUGUGUACUCGAAAUGCACUUGCCCGCAGCACUUGGGUGACGGGGAAUCGGAGAGCGUGUUAAUGCUCAACAAUGUGGUGUUGCCUUUAAACCCCCAAACGGAAGGGUGCCUGACGCCGCAGCUGCGCGCCGCGCAUGCGUGCAACCUGAGCGCCGAGGUCAAGCGGCCAUCCAAGGAGGAAUUUGGAAUGAUCGGAGAGCAUACUGUAAAAAGCCAACGGCCAAGAUCAGUUCAUGACACAAAGGGCCAACAGGAGCGAGAUGAGUCUGCUAAAUUUAUGGCACAAACUGGUGACCCAGGUGCUGAGGAGUGGUCCCAGUGGAGCUCUUGCUCAGUUACAUGCGGUCAAGGGUCGCAGGUGCGAACAAGAACAUGUGUCUCACCUUACGGAACACACUGCAGCGGCCCUUUAAGAGAAUCAAGGGUUUGCAAUAACACUGCCCCCUGUCCAGUGCACGGUGUGUGGGAGGAGUGGUCUCCUUGGAGUUUGUGCUCCUUUACCUGUGGCCGCGGUCACCGCACCCGCACCCGGGUGUGUACCCCUCCACAACACGGCGGCAGAGCCUGCGACGGCCCAGAGACGCAGAGCAAACUCUGCAACAUUGCCCUCUGUCCAGUGGACGGUCAGUGGCAGGAGUGGAGUGCGUGGAGUGACUGCUCGGUGACCUGCGCUAACGGGACGCAACAGAGGAAGCGGCAGUGCUCGGCCGCUGCUCACGGAGGCUCGGAGUGCCGUGGUCACUGGGCCGAGAGCCGCGAGUGCCAUAACCCCGAGUGCACAGCAAACGGCCAGUGGAACCCGUGGGGGCCGUGGAGCGGCUGCUCGAAGUCGUGCGACGGCGGCUGGCAGCGGCGGGUGCGGGUGUGCCAAGGGCUGGCCGUCACGGGGCAGCAGUGCGAAGGCAACGGCGAGGAGGUCCGCAAGUGCAGCGAGCAGCGUUGCCCAGCUCCAUAUGAGAUUUGUCCUGAGGACUAUGCAGUUUCCAUGCUGUGGAGGAGAACGCCAUCCGGAGAACUGGCCUUCAAUAGGUGCCCACCCAAUGCCACAGGCACCACUAGUCGACGCUGCUCGCUGGAUCACCGCGGGGUAGCCUACUGGGAGCAGCCCAGCUAUGCCCGAUGCAUCGCAAAUGAAUACAGAUACUUACAGCAAUCAGUCCAGGGACACCUUGCUAAGGGUCAGAGGAAUCUGGCAGGAGAUGGAAUGUCCCAGGUGACCAAAGUGCUGCUGGACCUCACCCAGAGACGCAACUUCUACGCUGGAGACCUGCUGUCCUCUGUGGAGAUCUUACGGAACGUCACCGACACCUUUAAAAGGGCCAGCUACGAACCGUCCUCUGACGACGUCCAGAACUUCUUCCAGAUCAUCAGUAAUCUGCUGGAGGAAGAGAACCGAGAGAAAUGGGAGGACGCCCAGCAGAUCUACCCAGGCUCAGUGGAGCUGAUGCAGGUUAUUGAGGAGUUCAUCCACAUAGUCGGCCUGGGCAUGAAGGAUUUCCACAACGCCUACCUGAUGACGGGAAACCUGGUGGCCAGCAUCCAGAGGCUCCCUGCAGUGUCCGUGAUGACCGAUAUCAACUUCCCCAUGAAGGGACGGAAGGGCAUGGUGGACUGGGCCAGAAACUCUGAGGACAAAGUAGUCGUACCGAAAGGCAUUUUCCUCCCCCAGACCGCAGAUAUGGACGGGUCUCCGGUGUUCAUUCUCGGGACGGUCCUCUACAAGACACUCGGACUUAUGCUGCCCGCCCCGAGGAACAACACGGCUGUGAACUCCAAAGUGAUUGCAGUGACGGUGAGACCAGAGCCCAGAGUGACAGAAGCCCAGCUGGAGAUAGAGCUGGCUCACCUCGCCAACGGGACGAUGAACCCAUUUUGUGUACUCUGGGACAGCUCCAUCAUGAACGAUUCCUGGGGAACCUGGUCCUCCAAAGGAUGCAAAACCGUGCUCACCGAUGCAUCCCACACAAAAUGCUUAUGUGAUCGCGUGUCUACCUUCGCCAUUUUGGCUCAACAGCCUAGAGAAAUAACCAUGGAGUACUCAGGGGUUCCAUCUGUGACGCUGAUCGUGGGCUGCGGCCUGUCUUGCCUGGCCUUGAUCACCCUGGCUGUGGUGUAUGCUAUACUAUGGAGGUACAUAAGGUCCGAGAGAUCGAUCAUUCUGAUCAACUUCUGCCUCUCUAUCAUCUGCUCCAACAUCCUGAUCCUGGUGGGACAGACACAGACCCAUAAUACGGGCGUCUGCACGAUGACGACAGCUUUUCUGCACUUUUUCUUCCUGGCUUCGUUCUGCUGGGUCCUGACUGAGGCUUGGCAGUCCUACAUGGCCGUGACAGGGAAGGUGCGGACCAGGCUCAUCCGCAAGCGCUUCCUCUGUCUGGGAUGGGGAUUGCCUGCCUUGGUGGUUGCCAUCUCUAUGGGCUUCACGAAAGCCAAAGGCUACGGGACGCCCCAAUACUGUUGGCUGUCUCUGGAGGGAGGACUGCUAUAUGCCUUCGUUGGACCUGCUGCUGCAGUCGUGCUCGUUAACAUGGUGAUUGGCAUUCUGGUGUUCAAUAAGCUGGUUUCCAGAGACGGCAUCCUGGACAAGAAGCUGAAGCAUCGAGCCGGGCAGAUGAGCGAGCCGCACACGGGAUUAACUUUAAAAUGUGCCAAAUGUGGAGUUGUCUCUACAACUGCUUUAUCAGCGACCACAGCCAGCAACGCCAUGGCUUCCCUCUGGAGUUCCUGCGUGGUUCUGCCGCUCCUGGCGCUCACCUGGAUGUCGGCUGUUCUGGCCAUGACGGACAAGCGCUCCAUCCUGUUCCAGAUCCUAUUCGCCGUCUUUGAUUCCCUUCAAGGCUUCGUCAUAGUCAUGGUGCACUGUAUCCUCCGCAGAGAGGUCCAAGAUGCCUUCAGAUGUCGACUGCGAAACUGUCAAGACCCCAUCAGUGCUGAUGCAACUGGCACCUUCCCCAACGGCCAUGCCCAGAUUAUGACGGACUUUGAAAAAGACGUGGACAUCGCCUGUCGAUCAGCUCUUCACAAAGACAUUGGAUCGUGUCGUGCCGCCACCAUCACCGGCACGCUAUCCCGCAUCUCCCUCAACGAUGAAGAGGAGGAGAAAGGUCCAGAGGGCCUCAACUACUCCACGUUGCCUGGCAACAUCAUCUCCAAGGUGAUCAUCCAGCAGCCCUCGGGUCUGCACAUGCCCAAGGAGCUAAGUGAGCAGUGCCUGGGCGACGCAACCGGCGACAUGCGCCGCACCGUCUACCUGUGCACGGACGACACCAUGCGGCAGAGCGAACAGGAGCUGACCGGCCACUCGCAGCAGGGCCCCAUGGAGACGGACUACAUUGUCAUGCCUCGCGCCUCGGCUUCCGCAGCCGCGGCAUCGGGGAUCGGAGGCUCCGGCGGCGUGCCCACUCUGCUGAAGGAGGACAGCAAGAUGAACAUCACCAUGGACACCCUGCCUCACGAAAGGCUGAUGCACUACAAAGUCAGCCCCGAGUUCAACAUCAGCCCGUCGGGGAUGGAGCACAUGGGCAUGGGCAUGGGUAUGGGCAUGGGCAUGGAGCAGCAGUUCCAAGGCGGAGCUCCAGAACACAUGCAGAACCUGCCUUUCGAACCCCGCACAGCCGUUAAGAACUUCCUGGCCGAGAUGGAGGAGAGCGGAGGACUGUCCCGCAGCGAGACCGGCUCCACUACCUCCAUGAGCUCUUUAGAGAGAAGAAAGUCCCGGUACCAGGACCUCGACUUUGAGGACAAGGCGAUGCCCAACAAGAACCCCUGGGAGAGCUACAAUCCGGCCUGUGAGUACCAGAACUACGCCACAAUGAAUGUACUGGAGUCAGACACUAAGGACUCUCUGGAGAUGACUCCUGCUGAGUGGGAAAAGUGUGUCAACCUCCCGUUAGACGUCCAGGAGGGAGACUUCCAGACGGAGGUCUAAAUCGGAGCGAGGAAAGGAGGAGGAGCGCGAACCGGGAUGCAAACGAAGGAGGACGUAUUUUGCACUGAACAAAAAAUAAAUAAAUAAAGUGGAAAACUUUUCAUGCAGCCUUGGCGAGACAUAUCUGGAUCCUAGGAGUAUGGCAGGGACGUUAUGUGCCAAUAAGAUUAAAAAAACAAAAAAAAAAACAAACAAAAAAAAACAAAAAAGCAGGACAGAAGGAG